GCGCCCCUCAACGAUGUCCCCACCUCCCGCGUAGAACCGCCAGAGUUGAGUCCUCUCCCAGUGCCGGAACCUCAUCUACCUCUUUGAGGGAAGAAGCCAGCUGCACCCAGUAUCUCCAUCCUUUCCAAGCCUGAUAACCAAUGCCCAGUCGGCCCCAUCUGGUUACAGCAAGGCAGAGGUGGAAUGAGCUGAAUCCUGUUUAUACACUCUGAGAAAAACUUAAUCUGGAGCCAGAGUAGCCUACACAGUUCUCUUUGACUUUUCUUGUUCCCUUUGCUCUGUAAUUCAGUGACCUUGUAGGCCCAGUCUCUCUUCUACACACUAGAAUAGCCAUAGGCAAGGUCUCUGAACACUUCACUCCCCUCAGCUGACUCUGUACCCACUAUGGAACAACCUCAGACUGAGAACUCAGCCCCUAGUAAGGCCACUAGUGCAGAAACUGUUGAAUCUGAAAAACAUGAGGCCCUAUCUGGACCAGAGAAGCAUCCUCAGGACAAGGACAGUGCAGAUGCUGAUGGAGCAGCUGGGGAGCCAGGAGACCAAACUUUGCCACCAGCCCAGGAUGGGGAAAACCUUGAGUGUCCUCCUCCUGAAGCUAGCUCAAGUCCUCCUGGGCCAGCUUGUGGGACGUCACCUAAAGUAGAGGCAGCAGAGGUGUGUUCCAGGCCACAGGAACUUCCCCAGUCCCCCAGGAUCCAACAGCCUGAGCUAGAUUUCUACUGUGUCAAGUGGAUCCCUUGGAAGGGAGAACGGACCCCGAUCAUCACCCAGAGCAGCAAUGGUCCCUGUCCUCUCCUAGCCAUCAUGAACAUCCUUUUUCUUCAGUGGAAGGUGAAGCUGCCCCCUCAGAAGGAAGUGAUCACAUCAGAUGAGCUCCUGACACAUCUUGGAAACUGCCUUCUGUCCAUCAAACCCCAAGAGAAGUCUGAGGGCCUUCAACUUAACUUUCAGCAGAAUGUGGACGAUGCAAUGACGGUGCUCCCUAAACUGGCCACAGGUCUGGAUGUCAAUGUGCGAUUCACGGGCGUCUCCGACUUUGAGUAUACGCCGGAGUGCAGCAUCUUUGACUUGCUGGGAAUACCUCUAUACCAUGGCUGGCUGGUGGAUCCACAGAGUCCUGAGGCUGUGAGUGCUGUUGGGAAACUGAGUUACAACCAGCUGGUAGAGAAGAUCAUCACCUGUAAACACUCUAGUGACUCCAACCUCGUGACGGAAGGCUUGAUUGCGGAGCAGUUCCUGGAGACCACUGCAGCACAGCUAACCUACCAUGGCCUGUGCGAGCUCACAGCAACUGCUAAGGAAGAUGAACUUAGUGUCUUUUUUCGAAACAACCACUUUAGCACGAUGACUAAGCACAAGAGUCACCUGUACCUACUGGUCACUGACCAAGGUUUUCUACAGGAGGAGCAGGUGGUGUGGGAGAGCUUGCAUAACGUGGAUGGUGACAGCUGUUUUUGUGACUCUGACUUCCACCUAAGUCAUUCCCUAGGCAAAAGCCAUGGAGCAGAAGGUGGGGGUGGCUCUCCAGAGAAGCAGCUGCAGGUGGACCAGGACUACCUUAUUGCCUUAUCCCUGCAGCAGCAGCAGCCACAAGGCACGUUGGGCCUCAGUGACCUGGAACUGGCCCAACAACUUCAACAAGAAGAGUAUCAGCAACAGCAAGCAGUUCAACCUGUGCGAACAAGGGCUCCUUCGCCCCAGGGGAGAGGAGCCACAUCUGGACGUGCAGCUGGAGAGCGGCGGCAGAGGUCAAAGACUGAGUCAGACUGUGUUCUGCUCUGACUCUGCCCCUACAGCCAGCUCAGGCUGUGACUUGCAGGAUCCUGCCCCACCUCAACCCCUGAGACACAGAGAAUAACCUAGAUGCACUGUUGGGGAUCAGAACAGACAGUAGGUGCCAAGGUCAGACUUGGUACCAUCUUUGCCCUUGUACUGCUAUCUUCUCCUCUCUUCCAAGGCCACAUAGGUGUGGGUGGGUGAAAAUCUCUGGUGCCCAACCCCCUUUCCUGGAAUAGUCACGUGGAUAUAUGGACCCAGGCUGCUUGCUGGUCGAGACACCUAUCUGGAAAGCAUCUCUCUUGUGUCCCUGUCGGUCUGGUUGCUCCUGGGCUACCCCACAGACCCUGCCGUGUUUGUUUUAGGGUUUGGUUUGAGUUUCUAUCUUUAUUAUUUUUAAUGCCUUCCUAGAGGUUUGGAAAUAAAACUUCUUUCCUGAGAUUUGCUUUCCUA